AUGGUAGAUGAAGAAUUACAUUUUAAAACUAUUUUGAGGAGGAAGAAUGCUGCAAAAGCCAGAAUUUAUAGAAAGAGUGUUAUUGAUGACAAGAAAUCUAAGAGGUUGAAAACUGCUCUAAAAGAAAACGGUACAUUUGAUAAAAGACGCGGCAAUGACUCAACAGCUUUGAGGAUACCACUAUCAGAACUUUCGCCAAACAUACUAAAUGACGGUCGUGGUAUAGCCAACGUUGAAGUAAGUCGUCAACUUCAUUCGUCCUUAAAGACUAAGCCAAGUACCAAUAAUAAUAUCAGAUCAAAAAGGAUAUCAAGCAGAAACAUUACCAAAUUAGGAGUUAACUUAUCUAAGAGGUUUGACAAUACAUUUGCUGCAACAAUAUCAAACCAAGAUCCAAUACCAGAAUUGCAACUCAAUGAGCUUUUUGCAUCUGAUAGUGGAGACGAUAAUAUGAAUGAUGAAUUUGACGGUUACAGUUCAACAACAAAUUCAAGUUUUGAUGAAGAUGAAAUGUCUAAUGGAACAGAUGCUAUGGAAACUUUUGAAAUUACAUCAGGAGGGUAUUAUGAUAUAGGGGAUCCUGCCAUGGAAUGUCAAUAUUGUGGUGCAAAUAUGUGGUAUUCGGAAAGGAAAAACAAAUGUCGUCAUCCGUCCAAUCCUAAAUUUUCCAUGUGUUGUGGAUCAGGAAAAGUUCAGUUACCUCUGUUAAAACCCGGUCCUAAAGUUCUACAACAUCUGUUGUUUGACAACGAAUCAUGUGAAUCAAAAAAUUUCCAACAACAAAUUCGAAUGUACAACGUUAUGUUUGCAUUUACAUCUCCCGGUGCGAAAGUGGACAAUCGAUUUAACAACGGUAGAUGCCCUCCCAAUUUUCGUAUCCAAGGUCAAUCAUGUCACCGAAUAGGAAGCAUGUUACCGAUGCCAGGUCAAAAUCCACGAUUUGCACAACUAUAUGUUUAUGACACUGAGAAUGAAAUUGAAAAUAGAAUGCAUGGAUUCAGGUCAAAAAGUGGAGUUGAUGUUAAUAUUGUGAGAAAACUAUCUGAAAUGUUAUAUGAACAUAAUGUUCAUGCACAAUCAUUUCGCAUGGCAAGGGACAGACUUUGUGAAGAAGGUGUUUCUGAUUUAAAACUUCGUUUAAUAUCUGAACGAAGAAAUGAUGGAAGGAUAUAUAAUCAACCAACUGUAUCCGAAGUAGCUGCUUUAAUUGUUGGAGAUGUCGACACUGCAGAAAAAAGAGACAUUAUAGUGCAAAAACAAUGUGGCAAACUUCAAAGGAUAGAUGAGUAUCAUACCAGUUAUUUAGGAUAUCAGUACCCAUUAUUAUUUCCAUAUGGUGAGGAUGGAUAUAGACCUAAUGUGAGACACCGUGAUAAAGGGACAAAUAUUCGCCACUUCACAGACAUAACACAGUCAGAACAGAAUAAUAAAAAUAUUCCUUGGGAAGAAGCAACAAAGCGAAAUCGACUUACAAUAAGAAAGUGGUUGGCCUUUAGAAUUCAAUCAAGAUCUAAUGAAGCACAAACAUUGUUGCGAUCAAGGAGACUUUAUCAACAAUUUUUGGUAGAUGGUUUUACAAUGAUGGAAUCAGAAAGACUUAGGUGGCUUCGAAAGAAUCAGUCAAAACUGAGGGUUGGCAAGUAUCACAAUUUGAAUGAAUAUAAUUCAAAUGGAGAAACGCACGGGUCAAACACAGGUAAGAGGGUUGUGCUACCUUCUUCAUACGUUGGUAGUCGUAGAUAUAUGGAUCAACUAUACUUUGACGGAAUGGCAAUAUGCAGCUAUGUCGGAUUUCUAGAUCUUUUCAUUACAUUCACAUGUAACCCCAACUGGCCUGAAAUUCAGCGUUUGCUUGGUUCUGUUCAUCUAAAAGCAUCAUAUCGUCCUGACAUCAUUUCAAGAGUCUUUAAAAUGAAAUUUGAUGAACUUUUGUCUGAUCUCACAAAGAAAAGUCUAUUGGGGAAAGUUCUUGCAUAUAUGUAUACAAUUGAGUUUCAAAAGAGAGGAUUACCACAUGCUCACAUCUUAAUUUUCCUCCAUCCAUCUAACAAAUAUCCAACUCCAAGUGAUAUUGAUUGCAUUAUUUCAGCUGAAAUACCUGACCAAGAUACCAAUGAAGAGUUGUAUAAUUUGGUUAAAACUCACAUGAUUCAUGGCCCGUGUGGAUUUGCAAAUCGAUCUUCACCGUGCAUGAAAGAUGGAAAAUGUUCUAAAUAUUUUCCAAAACAGUUUCAGCCCAAAACAAUUGUUGAUCAAGAUGGGUUUCCGGUAUAUAGAAGAAGAGACAAUGGACAUACAGUUCUUAAGAAUGGAAUUCAAGUCGAUAACCAGAAUGUUGUUCCAUACAAUGCAAAGUUGUUGACAAAGUACCAAGCUCACAUAAACAUGGAAUGGUGCAAUCAAAGUACAUCGAUUAAGUACUUAUUCAAGUACAUCAACAAAGGUUACGACAGAAUCACCGCUGCCAUUGUACCGAAUGAUGAUGGAACUUCCAACCAGCCGCAGAAUGUUGAUGACAUCAAACAGUAUAUUGAUUGUAGGUACGUUUCUCCGAGUGAAGCAUCUUGGAGGAUAUUCUCCUUUCCAAUCCAUGGUAGAAAACCAGCUGUUGAGAGACUGUACUUUCAUUGUGAAGGUCAAAAUUCGGUAUAUUACACUGAUUUUGAUCGUAUCAAUACAGUUCUGGAAAAACCAAGUGUAACUGAAUCGAUGUUUACAUCAUGGUUCGAAGCAAAUUGCAAGUAUCCUAAAGCACAAAAUUUAACUUACAGCAAGUUUGUUUCAAAAUUUGUUUAUGUUAAGAAAAAAAGAGAAUGGAAACCCCGUCAAAAAGGUUACACAAUUGGUAGGCUUAUAUGGGUUCCUCCAACAACUGGCGAAUUGUACUAUCUUAGAUUGAUGCCCACACAUGUCAAAGCCCCCCGCAGUUAUAAUGAUAUAAAAAUAGUGAAUAACGUAAAAUAUGAUACUUUCUGGGAUGCCUGUUUUGCUAUGGGUUUUAUCGGCGAUGAUAGAGAAUUCAUUGCAGCUAUUAAAGAGGCAAAUCAUUGGGGUUCAAGUCAAUAUUUGAGAUUACUAUUUGUUCACAUGUUAUUAUCAGGCAGCAUUAACAGGCCAAGACAUGUAUGGAGUAAAACAUGUCAUCUCUUAGCUGAUGGAAUAUUAUAUGCUCAACAGCGAAUUGCAAACAAUAGAGGUUUGAGGUUGUCGGAUGAAGAGAUAAUGAAUUUAACAUUAAUUGAGAUUGAACGAAAUCUUCAAAGGAAGAGCCGAAGUCUAAAGGAAUUUGCUGGAAUGCCUUAUCCAAGUGGAUAUGUGGUUGAGCAGUUGGGAAAUAAGCUCAUAUACGAAGAGCGGAGUUACAAUCCAGCCGAACAAUUGCAAGAAUACAAUAAUUUAUUCUUAAAUCUUACAGAUGAGCAAAGAGGUGUAUUCAAGCGAAUAAUGGAAGCAGUAAACAAUCAACAAGGAGACGUAUUUUUUUUGUAUGGAUACGGUGGCACAGGGAAAACCUACAUGUGGAGAACUCUAGCUUCCUACAUAAGAUCAAAGAAACAAAUUUGUUUAACUGUUGCUUCAUCGGGCAUAGCUUCACUACUACUUCCAGGAGGUCGAACGGCUCAUUCAAUGUUCAAGAUUCCAAUACCUACAAUGGAGUCUUCUACAUGUAAUAUCGACAAAGGUAGUGAUCGUGCAAAGCUACUAAAAAUGGCAAAGUUGAUAAUUUGGGAUGAAGCUCCAAUGGCACACAGAUUUUGUUUUGAAGCGUUUGAUAAAACCCUUAAAGACAUAAUGGGGCGUUCCAAUUGUUCUGACAAAUUAUUCGGAGGGAAAGUAAUUGUAUUUGGUGGAGAAUUUCGGCAAAUAUUACCAGUUGUACCAAGGGGCAGCCGUUCAGAUAUAAUACAUUCUACAAUAAAUUUAUCAUACAUCUGGGAUCAUUGUGUUGUGCUGAAGCUUACAAAGAACAUGCGACUCCAACAAGCCGGCAAUACUUCAAGUACAUCUGAAUUAGAAUUGUUUUCUAAUUGGAUAUUAAAAGUUGGCGAUGGGAAAUUGGAAGAACCUAACGAUGGUUACACGGAUAUUCCUAUUCCAAAUGAUUUCUUAAUUUCUAACUAUGAUGAUCCACUAGAAGUCAUUGUUAGUGAAACAUAUCCGAAUUUUCUUAACAAUUACAAGAAUCCAGAAUUUUUGCAAUCAAGAGCUAUAUUGGCAGGAACAAUUGAAACGGUUGACAUCAUAAAUCAAUACGUUUUGGGAUUCAUACCAGGUGAAGAAAAGGAAUAUUUAAGUUCAGAUUCUGUAGACACUUUUGACGGUGAAGGAAAUGAAGCUUUUGAUGUUUUGACCCCGAAAUUUUUUAAUACACUUACAACUUCCGGUCUACCUAACCACAAGAUUAAAUUGAAGAUUGGGACCUCUAUUAUGUUGCUUCAAAACAUUGAUCAACCUGAAGGUCUCUGCAAUGGAACAAGGCUUAUAGUUACAAGAUUGGCAAACCACGUUAUCGAGGCAAAGAUUAUAUCUGGAAAGAAUAUUGGAGGGGUUAUCUAUAUUCCAAGAAUGGAUAUGACUCCAACACAAUCUCCGUGGCCAUUCAAAAUGACUAGAAGGCAAUUUUCCAUAACUAUAUGUUAUGCUAUGACAAUUAACAAAUCUCAAGGUCAGUCAUUGGAUUAUGUUGGAUUGUAUUUGCCUAGAAGUGUAUUUAGUCAUGGUCAAUUAUAUGUUGCAAUAUCAAGGGUCAAAAGCAAAAAAGGGCUUAAGAUAUUAAUCCAUGACAAGGAUAACCAUCCAUUGAAUUCUACAACAAACGUCGUGUUCAAAGAAGUUUUUGAAAACUUAUAG